CUGAAGUCCGCGACUGCCGCCUCGACCCCAUCGGCACUGCCUUUCAUCGGCCUGGGGACCUGCUGUGACGACGCCGACACUGCCGAGCGGUUGGUGCUGGCUGGUCUCGAGGCGGGCUAUCGGCUGAUCGAUACCGCGGCUCACUACGACUCGGAGCCAGCCGUCGGCGCUGCGCUCGCCGCCGCCGUCGACCGAGGCGUGCUUCGCCGCUCCUCCGAGGUGACGGUGUGCACGAAGGUGUGGUUUUCCGACAUGGGCUACGACGCCGCGAUCGCCUCUGCGCGCCGCAGCCUGGAGCGGCUGCGCGAGGAGCGGCUCGGCCUCCUGCUCAUCCACUUCCCGGGCUCUCCCGACGCCGUGCAGGACCCAAAGCGGAACCGCGCGCUGCGCGCCUCGACCUGGCGCGCGCUCGAGGACCUGCAGCGCGACGGGCUCGUGCGCGACAUCGGAGUCUCCAACUGGAGCCGGCGCCACCUGCGCGAGAUGCUGGCCACGUGCCGCACGCCACCGGCGGUCCUUCAGACCGAGCUGCACCCGCGCUGCCAGCAGCCGGAGCUGCGGGAGGACUGCGACGCCGCGGGGAUCAAGGUCCUCGCGCACUGCCCGCUGGCGCACGGCGCUGCGUCGCUGCUCCGCGAUCCGACGCUGUGUGCGGUCGCGGAUCGGGUCGGCAGGAGCCCGGCGCAGGUUGCGCUGCGGUGGAGCGUGCAGAGCGGCGUGGUGCCGCUGCCGCACGGGUCGUCGGCGGCGCGGCUGCGCGAGAAC